UCAGACACACACGCAAUGUCAAGGCCCUUCUCGGGAAAAGGGUAGGGGCUGAAGGAAGAGCCGGGGUAGGCGACGGCUGGAAAAAAGUGAAAUUUCCUCUCCUCCUAAAAUAAGUAACAGGAGCGAGGAGAGCGAGCAGGCUGUAGGCGAGGUGCGGGGGCGGCGAGGGCACGCUCCGGGUCAGCCAGGAGGGGAGGGAUCGGAAGGGGAAGGGGCAGGGAGAGGUGGGUGGGAGGCGCGGGGAGCGCGUUCCAGGGCGGCUGCUCCCGGGUGGCCGCAGCCCGGCGCUGGGACCCUUGCGGCUCCUCGUCUUAGCCCCCCACCCCUUCCUCCUCCUUCCUCCUCCUCCUCCUCCUCCUCCUCCUCCUCCUCCUCCUCCUCCUCCUCCUCCUCCUCCUUCUCCUCCUUCUCGGCCCCGGGAAGAGGCAGGGCUGGAUCCCUCAGCCGCCGCUCCUCCUCCUGGAAGGCAGGCCGCGGAGUCAGCUGACGCCAGCGCUCCAGCCUCGCCUCCCCGCGCUGCGCUCUGCGCUCCCCGAAAGUGGCUGCGAGCCGGCAGCCCACUCUCGGGGUUCGGGGGACGGAGAAAGUGAUGUGCGUCCUCUGAAGCCUCGCCCAGCGCCGCCGAAGCAGCGUCACCUCUCCAACUUUCUCCCCACACGACUCCCUGUCUCGACCCUGCCCUCGACCCUCCCCAAAGCCACUUGGGGUGCGCGCUUCUGUGUAAAGGGGGGUUGCCAGCUGUCGGGGAUGGCUUCCAAUUUUAAUGACAUAGUGAAGCAAGGGUACGUGAGGAUCCGGAGCAGACGUCUCGGGGUGCUGAUCCUGAGAGCCCUUCCCAGUGAAUACACCACCUGCAGGUCUUCUUCUUGGUAUCUGUUCCUGCAAAACUCAGUCUCCAGCAACCUGAUGUAUAAUUGGAAAUCUGCAACGUUAGACCAAACUUCUAAAGAGGGACUCGAGACCUUUUGCAAAAAUGUGGUUUGAUUUUUUGGCCCAUGGUUCUCCCUUUAUUUUACUCAAUGUUCUCAAAACUAAAAUGUAAAAUGGCUCUUUUUUAUUUUAUUUAUUUAUUUUUUUUGAAACAGAGUCUUGCUUUGUCACCCAGGCUGGAGUGUAGUGGUGUGAUCUCAGCUCCUUGCAACCUCCACCUCCCGGGUUCAAAUUAUUCUCCUGCUUCAGCCUCACGAGUAGCUGGGAUUACAGACACACAUCAUCACACCCAGCUAAUUUUUGUAUUUUUAUUAGAGGCGGGGUUUCACCAUGUUGGCCGGACUGGUCUUGAACUCCUGACCUUGUGAUCCUCCUGCCUUGGCCUCCCAAAGUCGUGGGAUUACAGGCAUGAGCCACCGCACCCAACCUAAAAUGGCUCUUUAGUUUAAUUUUCAUAAAAUGGAAAUUUGGUAGAUCAUAUUUUAUUUAUUAUGUUAUUAAAAUGCCCCAGUCUCCUCAGUAGAUUCAUAUACUGAAAAAAUAUAUAUAAAAUACCUUAACUGGUUCAUUACAUUGAACUUGCACUGGGUAAAGGGUCAGCAUCAACUGUGUUUUUUGCUGGGAGAAAGAAGCUCCAAACAGUAGGCAAGAUUUCUAUGCCUUAAAGAAACGUUACUUUAGCUUUUCUGGCUUCAGAGGCCUAAUAACAGCUCUUCCUGAGUACCUGUUUAUCCCGCCAUAAAAAGGGAAUGCUGGUUGUAGCUCACUGUAGCCAGAGGGAAGAGAGAUGCUUUUGUCUGUGGCGUUGAUUCCACUUCAGUCCUGAACAGGGUAUUUGGCCUUCAAGCCUACUGACUGAGGGAGACAAUUUGAUUUUAUUUCCUUAUAACUGUCAGUUUCAUUAGGCAGCUAUACAUUUCUGGGAAUAUUUGUAUAAUAGAUGGAAUUAUAGAAGUUAUGCUGACCAGCAGAUGUUUUGAGAUUUAGUAAAGAUUUAGAAAGAACUGGCCAGGCAUGGUAGCUCACGCCUGUAAUCCCAGCACUUUGGGAGGCUGAGGCAGGCAGAUCACCUGAGGUCAGGAUUUCAAGACCAACCUGGCCGACAUAGUGAAACCCCAUCUCUACAAAGAUAAAAAAUUGGCCAGGCAUGAUGGUGGGUGCCUGUAAUCCCAGCUACUUGGGAGGCUGAGGAGGAAGAAUCGCUUGAACACAGGAGGUGGAGACAGCAGUGAGCAGGCCAUUGCACUCCAAUCUGGGCAACAGAGCGGAACAAGACUGUCUCAAGAAAAAAAAAAUUUAGAAAGAAGUACAUUUCCUGGGCUGCUGGGGUGCCUCUUAGUGAGAUCAACAAUUUUACACACAGGACUGAAAAAAUUCUUUAUCGUACAGAAAUCAGUUUCUGAGGUUAAAUUCAUUUGAGAGAGACAGACACUGGAUCAAGUAUGUGUGAAGGAGAUUGGACAUUUUCUUGGCAUUAAAUUUUGAAGCUUAGUUUUCAGACACAGAUGAAGUUGAAUAUUAUAAAGUUGAAGAAAAGACCUUUUGUUAGACUAAUUGCUCUAAUAUUAACUCAAGAAUGGGUCAACUUUCUGCUAGUUAAGGUCAUUCUAGGGAAUUUGAUCUUGAUUUAAAUAGGCGUUAUGAAUACAAAGUUAGAAAUACCAGUGUCUUCUUUUAUCUUCCAAAGGUUUAGACUGAGAAGGGCACUGGCAUAUUAGCUGGAGGAAGACUAAUAGGGAGACUAUAAAGGCAAUGUUUCUUACUAUUCUCUGAUCUAGCAAGGCAUGCAAGUGAAAAUUAUAUUAAAUUUAAGGGAGAACAUAUUGAAAGAAUAACGUCAGUUCACGUUUUGAAAUCCUAGAAAAGAAAAAAAAGGAACCAGCAUAAAUAGACAUUCAGAGUAGACAGAGAUUUGAUAUUAACUUCUUUGAUCCCUGUCUUUGCUGAUGGGGAAACUGAGUUCAAGUGAGAUUUCAUGAUUUCUCUAAGAUUCUGGCCUCUUAGUACCCACAUUUUAAGGCUGUAAAGGAUAUAACCUGGUGGCUUAGAGCAUAAAACACUGGGAGGUGGUAGACAGACAGACAGAUCUUUCUUUACCACGGAUACAUUGUGAUUCUGAAAUGUUACUUAACCUCUCCUAGUUUCUGUUUUCUCAGUUAAACAAUGUCAGUAAUUAUGCCUCUUGAAUCACAGGGUUGUCUUGAAUAUUAAAUAAAAUAAUUGCUGCAGAGCCUUUUCAUAACCUAUUAGCUACUUAGAAAAGCAAAUUCGGCCAGCCGGGUGUGAUGGCUCAGCCCUGUAAUCCAGCACUUUGGGAAGCUGAGGUGGGCAGAUCACGAGGUCAGGAGUUAUGCUCUAAGCCUGGCCAACAUGGUGAAAUGCCAUCUCUACUAAAAAUAGAAAAAUCAGGUGGGUGUGGUGGCUGGCGCCUGUAAUCCCAGCCACUAUGGAGGCUGAGACAGGAGAAUUGCUUGAAGCUGGGAGGCAGAGGUUGCAGUGAGAAGAGACUGUGCUACUGCACUCCAGCCUGGGUGACACCGUGAGACUCUAUCUCAAAAAACAGAAAAAAGAAAAGCAGAUUCUGAAGUUGGGGACCAUGGCUGGUUGUUCACCUGGAUUCCUGAGCCCUGGAACAUGGCAGGUCCUUAAUGAAUCCAUGAGUGAAUACCACAAAUCAAAAUGUAGAGACACCGCUUCAUGCACUAUGUAGGCUAAAAUCGCCAUGCAUUUAAAAUAUCAAUUUAAACAGUCUUUCAUUUGCACAACAUGUGGCUACUUUACUUUCAGAAUAUCUAGCUCCAAACUCUUAUAAUUGAAGUGUAAACUUGUGUAACGUAAGCAUAGGUAACAUCUUCUAAAUGGAGGAGUGGACAGUUAAAAGGUGACAUAAUCUGUUAUAAGAUUUAAAAAAAAAACAACAACAAACACCCACUAAUGAGUUUUAAGUCUUCAUGUUUUUCUCUAUUCUAUGUUACUCCAUUUGCUAUAUCUUGUAGAAAAUUGUCCUGACAUAUUGUGAAGUAGGAGGAAAAAAGCAAGUGUCAGAAAAAAAGGAAUUUUGGCACAAAAGUGUCCACAUGAAGAAAGGAACGGCUUCUGAUAGUAACUAUGGUAAAGGAACUGUGUUUUCCUAGAAGUGGGUGGAAGUGAGUUGAGUGGUCAUUGCUUUUUUAUUUUUGUGCUUUUGUGUGUAUUUAUCUGCUUGUCUGGUAAUCUCUGUUGCUUAUUCAUCCAUACAGUGUACAUCCUUACCUUUUGUAAUACAAAAAAAACAAUAUUACGACCCUAAUUGACUAGAGACAAGGAACAGUGAUUGAGAGAUAAGAUUUUUUUAGUGAACCUAUUUUAGUUAAACUAUUUUGAAAAUACCUACUCUAUGUGGUAAGGGUUCAUAUUCAUGUAUUGUGUGUUGUCUUAAAAGACAUCAUGCAGUAACAUCGUUAACCCUUUCUCUUAUGUAUUUUUUGGGACCUUGGAGAGCAACAGAUCAUGUUCAUCCAUAUGUAAAUUAAUCCAUUUGUCACUUUCACUGUAUAUUUUGUGUUGCAGGAGAAUUAGUGAGGCAGUGUUAAUUUCUGCACCUUAGCAUAAUUAUUGUGGCAUUGUCAAAAACAGUACAAGGCAUCUUGACAAUUACGGUGGAAUAUAUUUUCCUUUAGUGACCAUUAUUAUUGUUGGUUUAAUUAAAAGCACUGAUAGCUCAGGGUUUUCAGCAACAUCUUUCUCACUGUCAUAAAUCAGAGAAUUAAAUUGUCUUAUUUCAUAUCCUACUAAGUUUACCAAGGGAACAAUAGCAAUUCUAGUUUGUCAAAGGAGAGAAAGAUGGGAUUCAGAUUCAUCUUAACAUUUAAGAAUUGCAGCUUGAGUCAGUGAGAGACUGUGGUCAGAUUGAGCCAUUGGAAAGAGGAAGUCGGGUCACAUUUUCACAGUAAAUCAAGCUGAUUUGGAAUUAAAAUGUACUUUGAUAAUUUGUUUACUUUUAAUUUUUGUCACUUUGCAAGUGUUGCUGUUUAUUCUUAUGUAGCAAAAUUACACUGAAUAUUUAAGGGCCAUGAUCCUGGUGAACCGUUUAACCAGCAUAUUUUGUUUAGGACAAUAAUAGAAAGUGGUGAAGGAGAUAAUCUGUUCUUUUGAGUUUAUUUUAUUCACAAACUGAUAUUUUUACAGGUUUUGACUCUUUAACCAAAUAAGGCAUUUCUUCCCCCUAUGGAAGAAUGAAACCAUCUGAUGAUUGCCAUUUAAGUUGAAUCACUUGUAAUGUAAAUAUUGAAAUAUAGAAAUAUUAGCAGAUAUGAGCGGUACACAUCAGCAUUCUAAGUUUGAAAUUAAUAAUAAUGAGACACUGACUAGUAGCUGGUUCUGUACAGUGCUGUAUGCUUGUAUAGGGUAAACAGUUACUAGCAGUGACCCUGAUUUCAUGGAUGAAGGAGUUGAGGAGCACUGUCAAAGCUUGUCCUAGGCCACGUGGUCAAGAGAGAUGCACCUAGAAUUUGAGCUUGGAGAUGUUUAAUUAAUUCUUAAUUUAACUCUUGGGAUAAGGUUUAAUGAUUACUGUUACUCCCUUGGGAGGGAGAGGACGAUUCUUACAUGCCAUGCUAGAUUUUCUAUAUUCAUCAUCUUUUUGAUUCUCUUCUCACUAAUCCUUUAAGGCAUGUGCUAUUAAUUUCAUUUAAGGUUUCAUUAAGGUUUCAGGCUCUGAGAGGUUGGAAGUUGUCCAGAGUUACAGACAGGGUAAAGGACUGGAUAGGGUUUGAAUUUGUAUUUGUGGUACUGGUGUCCAUGCUAGUUCUAUUACUUAUACCUACCCUGAUACAGACAGACCUAGAAGUCUCAUCAGAAUGCUGGAUGGAUGAGGAAGUGUGGAUGAAUCAGGCGUCACCCACAGAGACCGCAUCUGUGAAUGCUCUGCUAAUAUGGCAGGUAUUAUACUGCUAUGGAGCCAGUAAUAGUGGAAUAAUUACUGAGUAGGAGGCUCUCUUUUUGACUUAUGUUGUCCCUUUGGCCAAUUUAAAAGGACCUCUAUGUACAUAAGUAAGGUUAAGACACAGAUUAAUUAAUCAAGUUUACACAAACAAGAUGCUCACAUCCACGUUUAUGGUUAAUCACGUUACUUGACCAAGUAGCAGUAGAGCAUAAUGGUUAAAUCUGGGAUUGAAUUGAGUGUCAGUCUAUAAUGAUGUGUUAUCAUUGAACUCAUCUUGCAGAUGAAGUUGGGGCUUGGAGGAAUGCAUAAUUUACUGAAGACUGCCCAGCUCUGAACUGGAGGAGCGGGAGGUUCAGAGCCAUACCUUCUCUGCUUAAUCUCUGCCAUAUUGAUGCAUAGCCCUCUAGCCAAUCCUUGUCAUUUUAACAUUAGUAACAGGGCUAGCUGAGUACCUCAGGUUACUACUUGAAGAUUGCCUCUUUUAGACAUGUUCUUGAAAUGCUUUAUUUACCUGAAAAUGAGGAGAAACUUCAAGAAGUUGCUAAAUAAAAAUGUUAAAAAGCUGAUUUUAAGGAAAACAAAGUGAAUGCCAUACAACUGGCUUGAAAAACAAAGAAGAUGCAGCAGGGGGUUUGAGCACCCCUUGUAGGUUAAUUUCUUUAGGGAAAAGAGUCUAAAGCUAAAUUCCAAGGUUUGAGCCUUUUGAAGAAUCUUAAUAACCAAGAUCAUCUCCAAUAUAAUAAACUAAAUUUGAACACUGGACAUGAAAAGAAUAGGGAGGAAGACUAUAUAGAUGUCAAUAAAUGGUUUUAUUCUUUUUAUUAUCAUUGUUUUGCUGAAUUUUACACUGUUUUCCCUUUAGUAACAUAAUAUAAACCUACUGGUCCAAUAUAAAAUUAUCAUUCUGGUAUGUUUCUUCCUAUUUAUUCCCCUAAAUAUUGAAACUUUCACAUGGUUACAAUGAUCACAUAUUUACAAGAUCAUACCCAGUAUAUAUUUUAAAAUGUAUUUUAUGUUGUAAAACAUUUUCCCAAAUUAUUAACUUUAAAACUGUGAGUUUGCAGUGUAUGAUGACUUGGUAUACAUAAUUUACUUGAGAGUAAAAACAUUUAAAUUGUCUUUAAUUAAAAGUGACACUCAGGCUUGUAACUUCGACCAUUUAUAGAUUGUUUCCUUGGAAUGGAUGUGAUUAUGAAGCUAGAGAGUUUGAAUAUUUUUAUGGCCCUUAAUACAUAUUACAAAUUAGCUUCCCUGUGGACCACACUUUACACUGCAGCCAGUUUUUAAGGCUAGAAAUCUGGCAUUGUGCCACAGAGGAAGCUGAUGUUCUAUUUGUUUUACAGGCAUCCAUGUUCUGGUUAUAGGAUGUGGCUCAGGCUCCCAAAGUGAGUAAUAAAACAAAGUCAUGUGUACGGUCCAACAUGUAUGUUUUGACCCUUAGCCUGAAAAUACAUACAGUGUUUUGUGACUUCCAUAAUUUAGAGUCUCUGUAAAUUCUUUUUUUUUCUUUAUUGAGACAGAAUUUCACUCUUGUUACCCAGGCAGGAGUGCAAUGGCGCGAUCUCGGCUCACCACAACCUCCGCCUCCUGGGUUCAGGCAAUUCUCCUGCCUCAGCCUCCUGAGUAGCUGGGAUUACAGGCACACGCCACCAUGCCCAGCUAAUUUUUUGUAUUUUUAGUAGAGACGGGGUUUCACCAUGUUGACCAGGAUGGUCUCACUCUUGACCUCGUGAUCCACCCGCCUCGGCCUCCCAAAGUGCUGGGAUUACAGGCGUGAGCCACCGCGCCCGGCCAAUUCUUUAACUCAUUUAGGAAUUACAUUAUAACCAAAGAAAACUUAAAUAUGACUUAGCAGUGGUGAGCUGUGCUGGGUCAGCACAUUAAUAAGUGCCACCAAAUGAUUUCAAUGAACAUUUUGAUUUCAUUUGUUCUGAAACUAGAAAGAAGACACUUAAUAUUGGUUUCUGACUUUUAAGUAAAUUUUAAUUCCUCGGUUAAUACUCUGAAUGCAAUGUACUUGCUGUACUUGGUAACAAUGGAAAGCACUGAAUUUGGUUUUGUGGCUUAUGCUCUUUAUCAAUUAUAUGCCAUUGAUAAAGCUAUCUCCCUCCACUGUAAUACUGGGAAGGUUAAUAAAGAGACAGCAUGUUCAUUUUAGUAAGUUCUGUACUGACCGAAUGUGCAAAUGUGGCUAUUUCUGGUACAUGUAUGGCCUAUCGGAAACUACAAUAACAAUUGAGACCAAUUUAAUAACUAUUAUACCAGUUACCUAGGCAUUCUUGUAAUUUAAUAUAUUUAAUGCAUUUACAUUCAUUUGUGGCUCCAUGCAUAUCACACAUUCGUUCAUUUAUUCAACGACUUUUCACUGAGUACCUACCAUGUAUAAGGUACGUAAACCAGAAAAUAGAUAAUGGUAAGUAUUAUUCCUUUGGAAUGCAGUUAUUUAACGAGUCAUUUUAGGAUUACUAUAGCAGCAUUAUUAAAUGAAAAAUUUUGAAGUUAUUCACAUGGCGCAAAAUCCAAGAAUUAAAAGUUCAAAGGGGCAUACCGGAAAAAUUCUUUCUCUCACCCGCCUACCCAGAGCCACCAAUUCUCCUCAAGAGGGUGAUCAAUUUUAUAGUUUCUUUUCUUGAAACUAUAUGCCAUAUUUAUCUAAAUAUAUGCCAUAUUUCAAGCAUAUACCAACAUAUACAUAUUUAGAUAUAUUUGCAUAUAUGUUAUAUGUGUGUAUACCUCAUUUUUUCCCAUGAAGAUAGCGUGCGUGUGUGUGUGUGUGUGUAUAUAUAUAUAUAUAUAUAUAUAUGCUGUAUCCAUUAUCUCUACCUACCUUGUAUCACUUAAUAAAUUUUGAAAAGCUCUUCCAAUUAUUGCUUAAACGU